AUGUCAUUCAAGUUUCUGAUAGAAUCAUUGGUUCUCGGAUCAGUAGGUGGACAGAUACGCUGUGGUAUGUCCUCAGUAAUUCCACGUGAUGAUGUAUCCUACGGUGGAGACGAUGCUGACGAACUUAAUAUGGAUAUUAUGUUGUUUGCGUUCGGGACCCUGGUCGUGGUCUACAUCAUCAUCUGUAUUGUCUAUUUCUUUACAAAGCAAAUAGCUACACGGCUGAUAACAGCAUAUUAUAGCGAGCACGGUCCUGGCCAAAGGAUAUCAUUAUUCAGCGAUAAUGAUGAGAACAGCUCACAUGUCCAUAGCAGACGGCUGAUGGAAAACAUGAAUCUGAGGUGGCCCAACAAUCUUGACGAUAUUAAUGAGGUAAGAGAUAAGUUGGCACGGUUGUCGCCUGAAGAACAGUUUUAUUAUAAGCAAGGGGAAGAGUACAUCAAGCAAAAUCCACCGUUCUUGCUUAAUCAAGGACUAUUACAACAGUCUGAAAGUAACAGUUUGGAUGCCAACAGCGAGGACCCGAUCAUGAACGAUCAAACAAGACAGUAUAUCCAAGAGGAAGGAGCCUACGCAUGGGAAUUCAAACCAAAUCCUGACAUGCCAAACCAUACCGUCAUCGUGGAAAACAAAACCGAGGUUUCAUUCCUAAAUUACAAUUAUGACGCUUCUAUAUCCACAAAUUUACCCAUUCCAUGCACGAAUAAAGUAUACUACUGUGAAUUCAAGAUAUUCGAGACAGAUGGUCCAUUAAACAGCGAUGACGACGUAUCGAAAAGCCUGAUCUCGUUUGGUCUUUCCACACAGCCUUACCCAUAUUUUAGGCUACCAGGGAGACAUCAUCACUCAGUAGCAUACGAUUCGAACGGAGCUAGAAGAUUCAACGACUCCUUCAACUUAAACGGACAAUUGAAGACUUUAUUCCCACAGUGUGAAAAAGGAGACAUUAUAGGCAUUGGCUAUAGAUCACACAGCGGAACAGUUUUUUUUACCAGGAACGGGAAAAAACUGAAUGAAAAAUCCGUUGGUGGCCAUAUCCGUGGUUGGAAAUUCAAAUACUUAUAUCCAGUAAUUGGCUCUAAUGUGCCUUGUCAAAUUCACGUAAACUUUGGUACUUACGGAUUCGUUUACAUUGAAGCAAACGUUAAGAAGUGGGGGUAUGCAAAAUCAAAUGGUAUCAAACUGCCUCCUCCUUCUUACGAAGACUACGGCAAAGAUACUUUAUUGGAAAGCGGUGGUGAAGAUAAUGAUUUCGAUGACGAUUUUUCAGAAGGUGAUACUGACACUGCUGCCGCUGCCAGCACUACCAAUGUUAAUGACGAUGUAAUUAUAAGAAACGGCGAAAUAUUACCGCCACCACCAGGUUUUGAAUUCACCAUGUCCCCCCCAACUGGGAAAGAGAUCACCAAUGAGGAAAUUAAUUUAGAUUCCUUGCCUAUGUUACCGCCAAGUUAUUCGGACGAUGAGCACCACUUGAAAAGUGAUAAAUUUGCACCAGCUCGCCGCAUUAUCGGAACUAGCAGAAAUUUAAUGACUGAUGAAUUAUCUUCCAAUAACACUGAUAAUGAUAACGGGGAAGGCGAUAGAGAUCGCGAACAAACUGCUGAAUUUGGUGAUUACGAAAGCAGGAUGCAUGGCAUGUAG